AUGAUAAAAUCAUUGCCAUUAUCUUCUAAUCUAAAGAUUUUAUCUUCUAAUAUAAAUGUUUCAUCUCCAAACCCCAAUACUUCUGAUUUAGAUAUUUUAUUUUUCAAUUCAGAUAUUACACCUUUAUCAUCUAAAUCAAAAACUAAAAAAAAACAAAAGACAACUACUUUAUCAGAUAGUAGUGAUAAUGAAACUAUACUUUGGCCAAAUUCAACUAUUAAAUCACUACUUGCCUACCUAUCCGAUAAUAUAUUCCUUUAUCAAACAAAUAAAGAUAAAUUUUAUCUUCGUGCUGCUAUGCAUCUUAUCAAAGGUAAAACCGGUAAACAAGUUCGUAAUAAAUUACAAAAUUUUGUAACCAAGUAUAUGAACGAGAGCUCAAAUAAGACUGAUAAAGACAAAUUUGAGUAUAAAUAUAAAAAGGAAAAAGAAAGACUUAAAUUUGAACGUGAGAAGUAG